GCCAGAGAGAGUUACAACUAAUCUGUACUGAGUUGUCUGAGAUCUGAGAUGAAUUUUGAUUGUUCUCUCUGGCAUUAUUAAGUACGUUGACUCGUUCCAAUUGGGGAAAAAGGUUAAGUAAAAAAAAAAAAAUCUCUCCGGCGAAUAUUCUCUCCCUCCACGGCACCGAUUCCGGCGAAUCCCCAAUUUCUCGAGCGACGAAGCUUUAAUCAUAAUGACGGUGGAUGCUGCAUAUCUGAUGCAGUUUGUGGACGAAACCUCGUUCUACAAUCGCAUUAUUCUGAGUCACCUCUUGCCCUCGAAUCUAUGGGAACCUUUACCGCAUUUCCUCCAGACAUGGCUCCGGAAUUACCUCGCCGGAACCCUACUCUACUUCAUCUCCGGCUUCCUCUGGUGCUUCUACAUCUAUUACCUCAAAGUCAACGUUUAUCUUCCCAAAGAUGCUAUUCCGACAAGAAAGGCAAUGCUUUUGCAAAUAUAUGUGGCAAUGAAGGCGAUGCCGUGGUACACUCUGCUUCCAACUGUUUCAGAGUUUAUGAUUGAAAGUGGUUGGACCAGAUGUUACUCGAGAGUAGGCGAAGUCAGCUGGAUCCUCUAUUUUGUUUCCAUCGCUGUCUACCUUGUUUUUGUUGAGUUUGGUAUUUAUUGGAUGCACAGAGAGCUUCAUGACAUUAAACCUCUUUAUAAGUAUCUUCAUGCCACCCAUCAUAUCUACAACAAGCAGAACACACUUUCUCCCUUCGCCGGGCUUGCGUUUCAUCCAUUAGAUGGGAUACUUCAGGCUGUACCGCAUGUGGUAGCUCUGUUUAUAGUGCCAAUUCAUUUCACAACCCAUCUAGGUCUUUUGUUUAUGGAAGCGAUAUGGACAGCGAACAUCCAUGACUGCAUCCACGGUAACAUUUGGCCUGUGAUGGGUGCAGGGUACCAUACGAUACACCAUACUACUUACAAGCAUAACUAUGGUCACUAUACCAUAUGGAUGGAUUGGAUGUUUGGCUCUCUUAGAGACCCUCUCUUGGAAGAAGUUGAUAACAACAAAGACAAUUUCAAGAAAGCAGAGUGAGAAUGCCCCGUUUUGUUAUGUCUUGUGUUUUGCUUGUUUGUUCAAAGUUUAGACUUUCUUCUUCUUCUUCAUGUCUCUCUCUCUCUCAACACUUACAAUUACUUUUGUUUAGAAAACAUUUGACUGCACAUUUGCUGUCUCGUUUAAUUCAGGUAAUGUUUGUUCUUCACAAUCCAACUGUUGUGGGGCAUUGCCAAUAUCUCACUGUAAUGAGAAUCGGAGAAGACUAAUAUUAAUGCAG